AUGGCGAUGACGAUGACUGGCCGUGUGCUGCUGGUGUGUGCCCUCUGCGUGCUGUGGUGCGUUGCCGGCGGUGUUUAUGCGAGGGACGUUGACACCAACGCACUGGGUGGCUGCAUGGCGUCGGGAGUGUUGGGUGAGAAUGGAUCCCACAUGCCUGACGGAUGUAAUAAAACGGCGAUUACGGUGCCUUUGCGGUCAGUACUGCCCAUUGCUGCCGUCGAAGCCUCGGAUGGAAAAGGCGGUUCUGCUGGUGGUACACAGAACGAUUCGAAUUCAAGUGGGACUUCCGACGCUGGUGCUAAUGGUUCUGCUGGUGCUUCUCCUGCUGAUGGUGUUCCUGCUGCUGCUGUUCCAGGGGCUUCUGGUACUGGUUCUCCUCGUGCUGGAGGCGGUGGAGGCAGUGGAACUGCUGCUGGCGGUCAAGGCGCCGGCAGCGUUUCUUCUGGUCCUUCUGCUGCUCCUGGUGGAGGCGGUGGCGUUCCUUCUGGUGGCGGUGGAGGCGGUUCUGCUGUUGGUGGACCUGCUGGUGCUUCUCCUGGUGUCGGUGGAACUUCUACUGGUGGUACACAGAAUAAUACGAAUUCAAGUGAGAAUCUCGAGUCUGGUGCUUCUGGUGGUGGACCUGCUGGUGGUUCUGGUGGUACUCCUACUGGAGGUGAUUCUGGUGGCGGCAGUGGAGGCAGUUCUGGUUCUGGAGGAAGCAGUGGAACUCCUACUGGAGAUCAAGGCACCGGUGACGUUUCUUCUUCUGGUGGAGGCGGUGGAGGCGGUGGAGGCGGUGGCGUUUCUCCUACUGGAGGUCAAGGCACCGGUGGUACUUCUGCUGCUGUUCCAGGGGCUACUGUUGUUGAUUCUUCAGCUGGCAGCAGUGGUGGUGAAGCGGGGUCCUCAGGCACUAAUUCAUCUAACACAACAGGAGAAUCUUCAACAGGAGAUCAGACGUCUGCUGCAGCAGCGGCUCACAACUCCUCGCUACCCGAAAUACCGGCAGGAAAAACAUCCGACACUGGACACACACGAAAAGAAGAAGAAGAAAUGCAGCAGCAAAGUGAUGAAACACAAGUCCAACAACAACAACAGCAUGAACACCCCGCGGAAAACGGCGAAGAAUCCGCGAAAGAUAAAAACGCCCUUCGUGCAAAUGCCACCGCAAAUACAGGCGACAGUGACGGCAGCACCGCGGUCUCCCACACCGCCUCCCCUCUUUUUCUUCUUCUUGUUGUUGCGUGUGCGGCUGCUGCUGCGGUGGUGGCCGCGUGA